CAAUCGGGCGGGUAAUGAAAAGAAAUGAAUUAAUAAAAUAAAUCCAAGAAGAUUUUGAUUAGAAAUUAAUAUCUAAUUGCGGCGUCAGAGAGUAACCUUCCCUCUCAUUAAAGCGUUACAUCAUUUCCUCUUAUUGCAGCUCUAGCAAAAAUUUCUUUUAAAAGCCGCUGUCGCUUCGCUUCAUUAAGUUAACUUUUGGGCUGCGUGUUCAGAAUAAAGGGUUAAUAUGUGGAUACCAAUCGCUGUUUCGCUUGCAGUGGUUGCCAUCGCUCUAUUGUUAAGAUAUAUUAGAAAAAAUGACGACUACUGGAAAAAGCGGGGAGUUCCAUAUAUUCCUCGUGAUGGCAUCAUAGGUAUAAUUCGAAAUAUGAUUUACAAGCCGGUUCAUGAAGUAGUAAUGGAAGCAAGAAAACGUGGUAAAAUAGUUGGAGCUUUUGAACUUCGAACACCUACGCUUUUGAUAGCUGAUCCAGAGCUCGCGAGAGAUGUACUGGUGAAAGACUUUCAUCUUUUCCCAAAUAGAAGGGACGACUUUGUGAUGGGUGACCCUACAUUUGACAACAUGGUUUCAGGACUGAGAGGAGAAACAUGGAAAAGGGUGCGAACUAUAAUCACACCAGCUUUCACAUCCAAGAAAAUGAGGAAAAUGUCCCACAUUAUAAACGACUGCGCAAAAACUGUGUUACAAACGUUUGAAAAGCAUGCUGUAAACCAGGAACCAGUUGACUGCAAAGAGAUAUUUGGUGCUUUCACAAUGGAUGUCAUCGCUUCUUCGGCUUUUGCUACAAAGAUAGAUUACCACAAUGAUCCUAAUAAUAUAUUCGUGAAGAACGUGAAGAAAGUAUUUGGAGAUUUUUCUGGGUUUCGGAUUUUCAUUUUAUUCUUUUUACCAAAAUGGCUAAGAAUCGCCUUAGGAUUCAGAAACGUGAUAUCAGGGGAUUUCUUCCGAACUGUAACUUUAGAAGUCAUCAAGGAAAGGAAAGAAAAAGGCUACAGACACAAUGAUUUUCUGCAACUCUUGAUGGAUUCUGCAGACGAAGAGAUUCAAGAUCCUGCGAAAGCAUCAAAUGCAGGUUUUAAAACAAUUGACACAAAUGAUGAUGAAGCAGAUCAGUUUGGAAGUGUAACGACCAAGGGUAUAUCCACAUCUCUGAAGUAUACAAAUAUAUCUCGGGACGAACUUAUAGCUCAGUGUGUGUUAUUUUUCUUUGUCGGCUACGAAACGACAGCAUCCACGCUCACUUUCAUGGCUUACUCGCUUGCAUCAAAUUCUGACUGUCAAGAGAAACUCAUUCAAGAAGUGGACGAUGCCUUUAACAAAUACGGCCAAGUGGAUCAUGAUGUUACACGGGACAUGAAAUAUUUAGACUACGUUAUAUCUGAAACAUUAAGAAUGUAUCCUAUCUUGACGUUAUUAGAGAGGACGGGUAUAACAGACUACAAACUGGGAAAUACAGGAAUAACCGUUGAAAAAGGCAUACGGAUAGCUUUCCUUAUAUAUGCCAUGCAUUAUGAUGCCGAAUUUUUUCCUGAACCAGAAAAAUUUAAUCCGGAGAGAUGGGUUAAAGAUGACUCAGGUAAGCUAAAUCAUCCUCAGUACGCAUACUUGCCGUUUGGUGCGGGGCCUCGAAAUUGCUUGGGCAUGCGCUUUGCUUUGAUGGAAAUAAAAGUUUGCAUGGCAAACAUUCUAAGACACUACAGAUUCAGAAAAGCGAAAACCACUAAGGAACCUCUGCCAUUCAUCUCAGGCUAUCCGUUUUUAAGUCUCCGAGAACUCCCAUUAUUAAUAGAAAAAAUGUGGAUACCGAUCGCCGUUUCCUUUGCAGUAGUUACCAUCGCUUUAUUGUUUUGGUACAUCAGAAAAAAUGAUGAUUACUGGAAAAAUCGUGGAAUUCCAUAUAUUCCUCGUGAUAGCAUUAUUGGUAUAAUUCGCAACAUGGUUUACAAGCCAGCUCAUGAAGUGGUAAUGGAAGGAAGAAAACGAGGUAAAAUUGUGGGAACCUUUGAACUGCGAACACCUGCGCUUAUGAUAGCUGAUCCAGAGCUCGCGAAAGAUGUACUGGUAAAGGACUUUCAUCUAUUUCCGAAUAGAAGGGAAGAAUUUCUUUUGGGUGACCCGACUUUUGACAACAUGGUUACAGGUUUAAAAGGAGAAACCUGGAAAAGGGUGCGAACUAUUAUCACACCAGCUUUCACAUCGAAGAAAAUGAGAAAAAUGUCACAUAUCAUAAAGGACUGCGCAAAAACUGUGCUACAGACUCUGGAAAAACACGCUGUAAACAAAGACCCAGUUGACUGCAAAAAGUUAUUUGGUGCCUUCACUAUGGAUGUAAUCGCUUGUUCGGCUUUCGCGACGAAGAUAGAUUACCACAAUGAUCCUAAUAAUAUCUUUGUGAAGAACGUGAAAAAAGCUUUCGGAGAUUUUUCUGGUUUCCGUAUUUUCCUUAUAUUUUUCUUGCCAAAUUGGCUAAGAAUCGUCUUAGGACUCAGAAACGUGCUGUCUAUGGAUUUCUUCCGAACUGUAACCUUGGAAGUCAUCAAAGAAAGGAAAGAAAAAGGUUAUAAGUACAAUGAUUUUCUGCAACUCUUGAUGGAUGCUGCAGACGAAGAGAUUCAGGACCCAGAUAAAGCGUCAAAUGCAGGUUUUAAAACAAUUGAGGCCAACGAUGACGAAACAGAUCAAUUUGGAAGCGUAACAACCAAGGAUAUAUCUACAUCUCUGAAGUACACAAAUAUAUCUCGAGACGAACUUAUAGCCCAGUGUGUGUUAUUUUUCUUUGUCGGCUACGAAACGACAGCAUCCACGCUCACUUUCAUGGCUUACUCGCUUGCAUCAAACCCCGAAUGUCAAGAGAAACUCAUUCAAGAAGUGGAUGAUGCCUUUAACAAAUACGGUCAAGUGGAUCAUGAUGUCACACGGGACAUGAAAUAUUUAGAUUACGUUGUAUCUGAAACACUACGAAUGUAUCCUAUCUUGACAGCAACAGAAAGAACUGCUGUAACAGAUUACAAAUUGGGAAAUACAGGAAUAACCGUUGAAAAAGGCAUACGGAUAAUGUUUCUUAUAUAUGCCAUGCAUUAUGAUCCCGAAUAUUUUUCUGAGCCAGAAAAAUUUAAUCCGGAACGAUGGGUCAAAGAUGAUUCAGGUAAGCUAAAACAUCCUCAGUACGCAUACUUGCCAUUUGGUGCAGGGCCUCGAAAUUGCUUGGGUAUGCGCUUUGCUUUGAUGGAGAUAAAGGUUUGCAUGGCAAACGUUCUACGGCACUACAAAUUCAGAAAAGCAAAAACCACUCAGGAACCUCUGCCAUUCCUCUCAGGCUAUCCAUUUUUAAGCGUCAAAGAGCUUCCAUUAUUAAUAGAAAAAAGAACAGAGUUCAAUGCUCCAACAGCAAGCUAGCUGGCCUCAAACUAGUCGUUUUACGAGUAGACAUCGA